AUGUCAUCAUCAGUGUCUAAUGACGAGUUGCAGAGCAACUUAAGACGCAGAGGGAAAGAUGUUCCUGAAGAAGUGGAAGUUGAAGGUGUAUCUGAACAAGAGAUUGAUGACUUAUCUAAGUACAAGAAUGUGAACCAGGAUCCAUUGUUGAAGUUGGAGUCAAUUGUGAUGCCAAUUGUGUUUACUGGUCUUGCACUAUUUAUUAGAAUGUACAAGAUUGGGGCCAACGAUCACGUUGUUUGGGAUGAGGCCCACUUUGGUAAGUUUGGGUCAUACUAUUUGAGACACGAGUUUUAUCACGAUGUGCAUCCACCAUUGGGAAAGAUGUUGGUUGGAUUCUCCGGGUAUUUGGCCGGUUACAAUGGCUCGUGGGAUUUCCCAUCAGGUGAGCAAUAUCCAGAUUACAUUGACUAUGUGAAGAUGAGAUUGUUCAAUGCAUUGUUUUCCGCCUUGUGUGUUCCUGUCGCUUACUUUACGGCAAAGGCGAUUGGAUUUUCUUUGCCUACCGUGUGGCUAUUCACCACUCUAGUGUUGUUUGAAAAUUCUUACACUACAUUGGGUAGAUUCAUUCUAUUAGACUCAAUGCUUCUAUUCUUCACCGUUUUGUCGAUGUUCUGUUUCGUUAGGUUCCACAAUACAAGAUCUAAGCCAUUCAGCAGAAAAUGGUGGAAGUGGUUAUUUUACACCGGGUUUUCCUUGGGUUGCACCAUUUCUGUGAAGAUGGUGGGUCUUUUAAUCAUCACCAUGGUUGGUAUUUACACAGUAGUUGACUUGUGGAAUAUGUUGGGUGACAAAUCCGUCUCUAACAAGACUUAUGUCUGCCAUUGGAUUGCCAGAAUUUUGUGUCUCAUCGUUGUGCCAUUUAGUGUCUUUUUGGCUUGUUUUAAGAUGCACUUCGACCUAUUAUCUCAUUCCGGUACCGGUGAUGCUAACAUGCCUUCUUUGUUCCAAGCUAACUUGAUUGGUUCCGACGUUGGCGAAGGUCCUCGUGAUAUUGCAUUGGGAUCUUCUACUGUGUCGAUUAAGAAUCAAGCUUUAGGCGGUGCUUUAUUACAUUCUCACGUUCAAACCUACCCUGAAGGUUCUAAACAACAACAAAUCACAACAUAUGGUCACAAGGACAGUAAUAAUAACUGGAGAUUUGAUAGAAAAAGAUUCGAUACCCCAUGGAGUGAAAAUGAAACCGAUAUUGAAUUUGUUGUUGAUGGCGGCAGAUACCGUCUUGUUCAUCAAAACACUGGUAAAAACUUACAUACUCACCCUAUCAUGGCUCCACUAUUGGCCAGUGCUUGGGAAGUGUCUGCUUACGGUGACAACUAUAUCGGUGACCCAAAGGAUGACUGGAUUAUUGAAGUUGUGGACCAAAAAGGUGAUGAAGAUGUGACUAAACUCCAUCCAUUGACAACUUCUUUCAGAAUCAGAAACGCAGAAAUGGGCUGUUAUUUGUCACAGACUGGUAACAGUUUACCAGCCUGGGGUUUCAGGCAGGGAGAGGUUGCUUGUGUGAAAAAUCCAUUCAAGCGUGAUAAGAGAACGUGGUGGAACAUCGAGACUAAUGAAAACGAAAAAUUGCCUCCAAGACCAGAAGACUUCAAGUUCCCAAAAACUAACUUUUUCAAAGAUUUCAUUCACUUAAACUUGGCGAUGAUGGCAACUAACAAUGCUUUGGUUCCAAAUGCAGAAAAGCUAGAUAGGCUAGCAUCUUCCGCAUGGCAAUGGCCAACACUAAAUGUUGGUAUCAGACUUUGUGGUUGGAAUGACGAAAGUGUUAAAUAUUUCUUAAUGGGCUCUCCAGCAUCUACUUGGCCAUCAACCAUCGGGGUUCUGGUUUUGAUCUUGAUUGUUGGAAUCUAUUUGAUUAGAUGGCAACGUCAAUAUAACGAUUUCACUGAUCCAGAGAGUAGGAAUCUAUUCUUGAUGGGUGGUCUUUAUCCUCUAAUGGCUUGGGGUCUACACUUUUUCCCAUUCGUGAUUAUGAGUAGAGUUACCUAUGUGCAUCAUUAUUUGCCAGCAUUAUACUUCGCUUUAUUGGUGUUGGCAUAUUUGUUCGAAAUCUCCAUGCAAAAAUGGAAAAAAUCCAAGUGUGGCAGAGUAAUGAGAUUAUGCAUUUACGCAUCAUACAUGGCCAUUGUGAUUUAUGGAUUCUACUACUUCGCACCAAUUUCAUUCGGUAUGACUGGCCCUAGUACCGAUUACAAGUAUUUGAACUGGUUAUCCACAUGGACCAUUUCGGACUGA